UUUCGAAACAAACAGCCUUCUUUCUCUCUCCUCUUCGCCAUUCCCGUUCUCACAUCCUUGCCGGGUUUUUAUUUUGCGAUCUGGUUUGAUACAAGAUGGAGAAUUCUGAAACCAAGGACUUGUCGCAAUGCGUUAGGGUUGCGGUUAAUGUUAGGCCUCUGGUAACUGCAGAGCUUCUAGUUGGCUGCACAGACUGCGUCACCGUAGCGCCUGGUGAACCACAGGUGCAAAUUGGAUCGCAUGCAUUCACAUUCGAUUAUGUUUUUGGCAGCACGGGGCACCCAACUUCUCGAAUUUUUGAUGAGUGUGUUGCUCCACUAGUUGAUGCACUUUUGCACGGCUACAAUAGUACAGUUCUCGCAUAUGGCCAGACGGGGUCAGGAAAAACAUACACUAUGGGUACGAACUAUAAUGGAGAAGAACAUAAUGGCGGGAUCAUUCCUAAAGUGAUGGAAACCAUAUUCUCAAAAGUGGAGGAGAUGAAAGACUCCACUGAGUUUUUAAUUAGAGUAUCAUUUAUUGAGAUUUUUAAAGAAGAGGUAUUUGAUCUGCUGGAUUCCAAUCCUACAGCUUUCUCUAAAGGUGACAGGGAAUCUCUAGCAAAGCCUGUUGGACCAGCCAGAAAUCCUAUCCAAAUAAGAGAAACGGUGACUGGGGGUAUCACACUUGCUGGUGUAACUGAGGUGGAGGUUAAGACAAAAGAAGAAAUGGCCUCCUAUCUGUUGUGUGGCUCAUUAUCCCGUGCUACAGGAAGCACAAAUAUGAAUAGCCAAUCAAGUCGUUCACAUGCCAUUUUUACUAUAUCAAUGGAGCAAAAGAAAACUGGUUCUUGCACAACUGGAACAAUACAUGAUGAUGAUAUUUUGUGUGCAAAACUUCAUUUAGUGGACCUUGCUGGUUCUGAACGAGCAAAACGAACAGGAGCAGAUGGGAUGCGUUUUCGAGAAGGCAUUCAUAUCAACAAGGGACUGCUCGCUCUUGGUAACGUGAUAUGUGCUUUAGGCGAUGAGAAAAAGCGGAAAGAAGGAGGUCAUGUUCCAUACCGAGAUAGCAAAUUGACACGCCUUCUACAGGAUUCUCUUGGAGGAAACAGCAAAACAGUUAUGAUUGCUUGUAUAAGUCCCGCAGACACAAAUGCGGAAGAAACACUGAACACUUUGAAGUAUGCAAAUCGUGCUCGGAACAUUCAAAACAAAGCAGUUAUAAAUCGUGACCCAAUGGCAGCUCAGAUGCAAAGUAUGCGUAGCCAAAUUGAACAAUUGCAGACUGAGCUUCUUUACUUUCGUGGAGAUGCCAAUGCACCUUUUGAAGAGCUUCAGAUUCUCAAGCACAAGGUAUCUUUGCUUGAAGCAAGUAAUCAAGAGUUACAGAGGGAACUUCAAGAACGUAGAAUCACUUGUGAGCAUUUGACACAACGUGCUAUUGAUGCUCAGGUUGAAAAAGAUAGGCUGAGUGCAAACAUUGAAUUGGCUCGAAAUGGUAAAUCUUGGGAUGAAAUUGACUCAAACGCAAAUCAGGAUUGUGAUGUGUUGAAAAAAUAUGUGUCAAAAGUUCAGGAAUUGGAGGUGGAACUGUUACGCUUGCAAAACUUGAAUAGUUCAAGGCGUGUUGAACUUGUUAAUUGUCUUGAUGCGGAUGAUGUUGGGCUUCCCUCGAAGAAUUUAUCUUUAACAAAUCUUCAUGAAUUUUCAUCAGUCUCUGAUGGAAAAGUUGUUGACAUAGCCUGUGAGACUGAAGAGGAGGAGCUAGAGCAUUCUUCUCUUCAAGAGAAAUUGGACAAUGAGCUGAAAGAGUUGGAUAAAAGACUUGAACAGAAGGAGGCUGAAAUGAAGCGGUUUACAAGUGGUGAUACCUCAGUCCUUAAACAACAUUAUGAGAAGAAAGUUCAAGAACUGGAACAUCAAAAGAGGGCUUUGCAGAAAGAGAUAGAGGAAUUGAGGUAUAAUCUUGCAAAUAUUUCAUCCACUUCCGAUGACAGUGCUCAAAAACUGAAGGCAGAUUAUCUUCAAAAGUUGAAUUUUCUUGAAGGACAGGUCGCUGAGUUGAAGAAGAAACAAGAUGCUCAAGCUCAACUCCUUAGACAAAAACAAAGGAGUGAUGAGGCAGCAAAACGACUACAGGAAGAAAUUCAGAGAAUAAAGACUCAGAAGGUUCAACUGCAACAAAAAAUCAAACAGGAGUCUGAGCAGUUCAGGUUAUGGAAGGCAUCAAGGGAAAAAGAAGUUCUUCAGCUCAAGAAAGAGGGAAGAAGGAACGAGUAUGAGAUGCACAAGCUUUUAGCUUUAAAUCAAAGGCAAAAGAUGGUUUUGCAACGAAAGACAGAAGAAGCUUCUAUGGCUACAAAACGUCUAAAAGAGUUAUUAGAAUCUCGAAAGGCUUCAUCUCGUGAAACAUUUGGGGCUGGAAAUAGCAGUGGUCCUGGAAUUCAGGCACUGAUGCAGUCAAUUGAGCAUGAACUUGAAGUCACAGUACGGGUACACGAAGUACGUUCGCAAUAUGAGCGCCAAAUGGAAGAGAGGGCAAAAAUGGCAAAGGAGGUUGCGGAACUGAAGGAAGAACAAAUUCUGAAGCAAAGUAAUUUAAGCAAUUGCCUCCCGACAAUGUCCCCUGGCGCAAGAAAUUCAAGGAUUUUUGCACUAGAAAACAUGCUUGCUACUUCAUCCAGCACCCUUGUUUCUAUGGCAUCACAUUUGUCAGAGGCAGAAGAACGUGGACGUGCUUUUAGUGGCAAGGGACGUUGGAACCAAGUUCGGUCUCUUGCUGAAGCAAAAAAUAUUAUGAAUUAUCUAUUUAACUUGGCAUCGUCUUCAAGGUGCUCGUUACGGGAUAAAGAAUUUGACGGUAGAGAGAAAGAUUCAGAAAUUAGAGACCUGAAGGAAAAGGUAGUGAAUUUGGUGAGAGAGCUGGAAAUGCAAAAGACCGAGCUUAUUCGUUUGGAGAAGUUGCAGAAGAAUCUCUCCGCUGGAGAAGGGCAUGCAUAUGACCUGCGUGACAAGGGAUCCCGGAGCUCCGUAGUUUAUAACAAUGGCGGAAAAAAUAUAGAGUUACUGGACAUGGAUACAUCUGAAUCAGAACAUUCAGAUGAUGGUGGUGAGUCAGACCCUGAGUUUGUAAUCUUUAACAGGCAGCAACAUAGGAAAAGGGAUUCUAGAAUUGAAGUCUGCUGCUCGUGUAGUACGAGUUCUUCAUGCAAAACGAUGAGAUGUGAAUGUCGAGCUAUUGGGGGCCAUUGUGGUGCGUCAUGUGGUUGUAAAGCCACAAAGUGCAGCAAUAGAGAUACAGCUUCGGUAAAGGAGUUGGAUCACUUGCCAAGAUUGCAACUGGCUGAAGGCACUAAUGAAACAGAAUCGAACCGUGUACUUGCUUCUCAUGGUGCAAUGCUACUUCAGAGUGCACUAGCAGAGAAUCCUGUUGAGGCAAAUGAUGAUGGUGGGCCAAGAAGGAAGGCUUUAUCUGACAUUGGGAAUACUCUGGCCAAAUCAAAUGCCCCAAAGCCUCCUAUUCAGAGAAAGAAAUGGCGAAAAUCAGUAAUUCAGCUUGUUCCUGUAGCCCCACCUUCCUCUCAGCCAGAAGACAACAAUGAAACAGGAAAGAAACCCGAGAACAGCAAAGUUGAGGCUGAGAUCCCAUUGAAAUUGCCUAGGGCUAUGCGAUCUGCAGCCACAAAUAAUAAUCCCUUGAGAGAGCGGAAUUCUGAUCAGCCAGAUGCUCCUGUUGUUAGUAAAGGAGCUGGUGCUCCAGCUCCUCCAAGAAGUCCACACCGGCAAGGACGAGCAUCAGAUGAGGAGAACCGCGGUUCUUAAUCUGCAUUGUCAAGAAGCUGUUAGAUUGUUGAUAUAUGUAUGCCCUCACUCUGAAAUGAUUUUUUAUGGGAAGCUAUUUUGGCUGCUGACAAUGGAUCAAUCAGCCACUGAUCCGGUUUCUCUGGUUGCCAUAGUGGAAGAGUUGUAGCUGUAAGCUCUGCAUCCUGCACUUGAAAGAAGUAGAACAAAAGGUAACACAUAGUGAGAAUUUUAUUCUUCUGUCAUCGUAGAAAAUAGUUUUGAUCGAGUCGAACAGCAGUUUCUUCAACUGCUGUUCCCUGUUUAGGUAUUGCUGUUUUAUAUGCAGUAGUUCCUCUUCAUGUAUGAGUUCUCGGUAUGUGCUUCACAAUGACAAUGUACCAUUUGCUGCAUAAAGAGAAGUUGUUUUAGUGCUGUUGUUUCAA